GCGCCGCGCUCGCCCGGGACCUCGAAGAGGGGCCCGCGCUUAAUUAAAUUAAUUAGGGCGCAGCGGGCGGGAGGGCCGGAGGUGCCCUGGCCGCAGUGCCCCGCGGUGGGCGAGCGCGGCCGGGCGGCGGAGAAGGGCUCCAGUCAGAGCUCCGAGGGGAGGUAAUUCGCCGGGAACAAGGGGCAGGCUUUGCAAAGUAUAAAUAGUGCCACUUCAAUCGCGGCGUCGCUCUCAGACCCCGAGAGCCCUCCACGUCGAGCGGCACGGCACGACACGGCCCACGGGGGCACCGCCACCCCGCCCCGUGGAUGCCCACCCGGGGACGCGGGGCAGCGCGCCCCUGAGCCGCGGCCAUGGAGGAGCUGACGGCGUUUGUCUCCAAGUCGUUUGAUCCCAAAACGAAGGAGAAGAAGGAGCUCAUCACCUACCGCGAGGUGCUGGAGAGCGGACCCCUACGCGGCGGCGGAUCGCGGGAGAACGGGGGAACCGCGGCGGAACCGGGACGAGACGAAACGGGCAGCCCCACGGCGCGGGUGGGCGGCGGGCGGUCCCCGCCGCGGGAGCCCGACGCCGCCGAGAGAGCGGCCGAGGCGGCCACCCCAAAGCUCAGCGACGUCUCCCCAGAGCUGAAGGAUCGCAAGGAGGAUGCGAAAGCGAUGGAAGACGAAGGGCAGACGAAAAUCAAGCAGAGGAGGAGCCGGACGAAUUUCACCCUGGAGCAGCUGAACGAGCUGGAAAGGCUUUUCGACGAAACCCACUACCCGGACGCCUUCAUGCGGGAGGAGCUGAGCCAGCGGCUGGGGCUAUCCGAGGCCAGGGUGCAGGUUUGGUUCCAGAACCGAAGAGCCAAAUGCCGAAAGCAAGAAAACCAACUCCACAAAGGGGUGCUGAUCGGCGCCGCCAGCCAGUUCGAAGCCUGCCGGGUGGCCCCGUACGUGAACGUGGGCGCGCUGCGGAUGCCCUUCCAGCAGGUUCAGGCGCAGCUGCAGCUGGACAGCGCCGUGGCCCACGCCCACCACCACCUCCACCCGCACCUGGCCCACGCACCCUACAUGAUGUUCCCCGCUCCCCCCUUCGGGCUACCGCUAGCCACGCUGGCCGAGUCCGCCUCCGCCGCCUCCGUGGUGGCCGCCGCCGCCGCAGCCAAGACCACCAGCAAGAACUCCAGCAUCGCCGACCUCCGCCUCAAAGCCAAGAAACACGCCGCCGCCCUGGGGCUGUGACCCGCUCGCUUCGGCUUUUUUUUUUUUUUUUUUUUUUAUUAUUAUUAAAAAAUAAAAAAGGGAAAAGGACAAAAAAAUUAAAAAAAAAAAAAAAACACCAGAGAGAGGAGAAACUGACGGGAGAUAUUAUACUUAUUUAAAGAAUUAGAGGAACUAGACGCGCAGCUGGGAAGUUCACAGGUUUUGAAAAUGACCUUUUUCUGCGAAGUUCACUUUAAUACAAGAAAUUUGAUAAGAGAGGCGGGCCUCCUUUCACGUUGCAUCAGAUACUUGAGUUUAACAACCACGUCUGGAAUAGCGACAAAAAGAAGAGAGAAAGACGAUGACGAAGAGGAAAAAAAAAAAAAAAAAAAAAAAAAAGAGACAAUGAUUUCUCUGCGAAUUUCUAAUGGGAAACUGUCCGGGAUACUUCCUCCAGCAGCAUUCCGGGUUGCAUGUAUUUGUAUUUCAUUGAUGGAGUCCUUUGAUUCACUUGCACUUCACCCUCAUCUUUAGUAGAAAAAAAAAAACCCAAAACAAAACAAACAAACGUGGCUGGGCUCUUUCUCUUUUAAUCUUGGAGGGAAGCAGAAAGAGAGAGGGAGAUCAAGCACUACCUUUUCCACUCUGAAAUCUUUGUUGGUCGUUUGCUGUCCCACCUCUGAAAUAAAAGGGAGCGGAAAGCAUCAGGAGAGCGGAGUGUGCCUCCCUUUGCCCGGUCUCUUGUCCUGAGGGCAAAAACAAAUAAACAACAAAAAAAAAAGAAAGAAAAAAAAAAGAGUAUUUAAUUCCCAACCACCACUUUACACAACAGCAAAUUCCAAUAAGAGGUACUGGGUACAUGUAAAAUAUGUUGAUACACACGAACAAAGUUUAUUUUGGCUAUAACUUGUGAAUUGAUAGUUGACUGUCAAACAUUUACAUUUUAUCUCAUAAAGGUGUAUCUAUUCACGUAAUCUUGUGAUUUUUUUUUUUGUUAUUAUUUGAAAGACGUAUAGCUAUUUAACCUGGGAUACCUUGCAGUCGGUAAUUGUUAUCCCAGUUUGCCAUCAGACCCUCAUGCUUAUUGCCAAGACAGAGGGAAAGCUCUUCUACGCGAACUUUGGUAUGGACGGGCUUUGUAACUAUUUGUUCUCCAUGAAAACAAAAUUAUUUAUAUUGACCAUAUUUUUUCUAGUGUAUUUUAAGUUAUUUUAAAAAGAAAAAAGAAAAAAAAAAAGGAAAAAAGAUGCUGUUAUUUCAUUACAUUUGUUGUCAGUACAAUAUAUUUUGUUUCACUCAGGUUUGCUUCACCUUUUUUAAUCCAUUUCCAACGUCACGAAUUUCAAUAAGUGCCAAGUAAUGAAUUUAAGACACUUUGCGACCUAUUGACUGAAAAGGGUAACGUUUUAGUAGACGGUUUCACGUCACUUCUGGUACUGUUAAUGUUAAAUCAUCGGUGAAAUUAUUAUUUUUUUUUUUCCCUGUGUUUACACCUGCUGUAGAGCUUGCACGUUUCUUUCUGCUCCGUAGAUCUCACCCAGCACGACGAGGAAGCACCGCUCAGCCUCCGCGCCUCUUUUGUUACCACUUUAUAUCAGUUUUUCCUGAGUUUCGGCUUCACAAAACUUAUCGCGGCGUUUUGAUUUGGCUUUCUUUUGAAGAAGAAAAACAACAACAACAACAACAAAAAAAAUAGACCGGUGGAAGUUAUAUAGCAAUUGUGUCUUUACAAGUUCUGUCAAGUUCCCUCAGGUAAUAAAAUCGAGGAAAGUGUAA